CAACAGCCAACAGUGAAUUCCGAUGUAACAAAAUAUGUUCGAAAAUAUUCUCACGGACGAAAAAUGCCCCGCAUAUCGUACACGAUGACGCAUUGAGCGGAUAGAAGGAAGGUGGGUAAGAGUACCGUGAGAAAAUGGAACCUGUCGACCAUAGUGAGUGAAUUUAAGGUGCAAGCAUGUGCUGGAGAAUUGCCACGAUUUACAUAAUGGCUCACCUCUCGAGCAUUCGUGCUGAUAUGGAUUAUAUGGAGGGUGCGGGUUUCGAGGGCUCGAAAGACGAAGGCAUGUUCUACGUCUGGGUCGGCCUCUGCUCGGGCGUUCUGCUGACGCUGAGUGCUGUUCUGGCGAGGGUUGUCGUUCAGCAGUUGAACUCCGGCCGUCCUCUCACCCCCGACACACCGCCGAGGACAAAAUUCCCCGCCGACUUGGCCGCGAUCGAGGCUGAGGUCGACCUGACAACGACGACGCUUUCGAUAACAAAGAAAAAAAGAAUAUUGAGAACUUCAUGAAGGAUGUGUACAAAGAUAGGUAUGGGGAAGACAUUAAAGAGAGCGCAGUUAAGAGGUUGUACUCAGUUGCGGUCAGUAUAUUCGCUAUUGGCGGUAUGCUUGGCGGUUUUAGUGGAGGGAUGAUUGCCAACAGAUUUGGCAGAAAGGGGGGCUUACUGCUAAACAACGUGCUGGGCAUCGUCGGGGCAUGCCUUAUGGGUUGCACCAAAAUUGCCAACUCGUAUGAAAUCCUGUUCCUCGGCCGGUUCAUCAUUGGUGUUAAUUGUGGCUUAAACACCUCCUUGGUUCCCAUGUACAUAUCGGAAAUAGCACCACUGAACUUGAGAGGCGGCCUGGGCACGGUGAACCAGCUCGCUGUUACGGUGGGCCUCCUGGUCUCCCAGGUGUUGGGCAUCGAGCAGAUUCUUGGCACAAGAAAUCGCUGGCCGGUUCUUUUAGGUUUGGCCAUCUGCCCUGCCAUCCUGCAGCUAUUAUUAUUACCAUUUUGUCCAGAAUCUCCCAGAAGUGACAAUCCUUCGGUAACUGUAGUCAGAUUAUCUUACUUCGGAUACUUGCUCAUAACAAAGCAACGGGAAGAGGAAGCAAGGAAAGCCUUAAGAAGACUGAGAGCUAGUAAUCAAGUGGAAGAAGACAUUAAAGAGAUGAGAGCAGAGGAACGUGCUCAACAUACAGAAGCUUCCAUUUCAAUGACACAACUCACAUGCAGUCCAACAUUAAGGGCUGCUCUGGUUAUUGGGGUUGUUAUGCAGUUGUCACAACAGCUGUCCGGUACUAACGCAGUUUUUUACUAUUCUACAGAUCUGUUCAUGAGUUCUGGAUUGACCGAAGAGAGUGCGAAGUUUGCAAACAUUGGAAUCCCCUGAUGAAAAGGGCAGAACGACGUACCCUCGACUUGUACGGUCUGGGCGGGAUGUUCAUCUUCUCGAUCUACAUCAUUAUUUCAUUGUUAAUAAAGGUAACUUCAUAUUUACGCC